AUGCAUCAACUUAAAUUAGCAGACAACCCUGCAAGCGACGUAGAUGCAACCUCACCAACCUCGGAGCAGCAACCAUCAGAACUAUCAAAUAAUUCGACAUCUACUUCGUCACCCUCACCAACAGAAUCAAUAGAAUCAACUUUACCAGGCGUCAAACUACCAAAAACUUCGACACAAUAUUCCAACAAAUCUAUUAAAGAAUUAAAAAAUAAAUUGAAGCAACUAAAAUUAUUGGGCCGCAACAACCAGGGCUUUGACAAUCUUAUCAGAUCAACAAGUAAAGAACUGCGAGCCAAACUGUUAUCAACAAAAAUAUCAAAAUCUGGUAAAUCAUGUGGUAACAUCAUGUCUCAACUGAAACGACGAUUCUGGUGGACAUGCAAAAGAAUAUUUGCCCAGACAGAAAAUUUGAAACCGUUGUUCAACUUCGCAAGCACAAAGCUAGAUCACAACCUUGCCCACUCGAUCAAAUCUCGAUAA